CAACAAGGGCGGGGCGGCGUGACGCCCUCCGGCGCCAUCCCUCCCUCCCUCCCUCCCCGCGGCCGACCUUGCCGGGCUGUUGUGCGCGCGCGAGGCACCCUUCUGCGCCAUCGAAGGAGCCCGGUCGGUUGCUGUCCCAGCUGCCUUCUCCGAGGAGUCUGAGCAAGUGCAGUCGGGACGCCGUGAACCCUGCUUGGUGGCUGCGGCCCACGGAUGGAAAGAGGCAACCGGUGCUGACCCAAAGGCCACAGGGACCGGGCAGAGGGGGGGUCCUCCAACAUGGCAGCUCCAGGAUACCCUGGUCCUCAGCCCGGCUAUCCGGCUGCUUCGCCCCCCUACCCCAUGCCGCAGCCGCACCCCAUUCCCACCGCGCCCAGCCCGGGCUUCAACGUCUAUCCGGCUCCUGGACCGGGGCCGGGGGUCCCCCCACAGCCUCCCCCGCGUGGGUACCAGGAGCACGCCACUACGCCUCAGCACCACCGCCAAGCGCCGGACCCCCACGCCACCAUCACCCCUUACAUGCCCGUCGGCACGGGCAUCCCUCCGGCCUUGGAGUACCUGACGCAGAUUGACCAAAUCUUGAUACACCAGAAGGUGGAACUCGUCGAAGCGUUCAUCGGCUUUGAGGGGAACAACAAGUACGAGAUCCUCAACAGCCUUGGCCAGCAGAUCUUCCACGCCGAGGAGCAGAACGACUGCUGCACGCGCAAUUGCUGCGGCUCCCUGCGCCGCUUUUCGAUGCGGGUGGAGGACACCGCGGGGCGCGAGGUCUUGCGCAUGGUGCGGCCCUUGAAGUGCGUCAGCUGCUGGUGCCCGUGCUGCCUUCAAGAGCUUGAAGUGCAGUGCCCUCCUGGCAUCACCAUUGGACAUGUGGUCCAGACGUGGCACCCCUUCAUGCCCAAGUUCUCCAUCCAGAACGCUGAAAAAGAGACUGUCCUGCGUGUUUUGGGGCCCUGUUUUGCCUUCAGCUGUGGCGGGGACGUCACCUUUGAGGUGAAGACCCUGGAUGAGUCUCGUGGUGUCGGGCGGAUCAGCAAGCAGUGGAGCGGUCUCCUCAAGGAGGUCUUCACCGACACGGACAACUUUGGCAUCCAAUUCCCCAUGGACCUGGACGUGAAAAUCAAGGCGGUGCUGCUGGGUGCCUGUUUCCUCAUUGAUUUCAUGUUCUUCGAAAAGACCGGGGAAGUCGGGCAGCGGAGUUCGGUCAUCACAAGCUAGGAGCGUGCGGAAUCCAAAACCCCCCCCCCCCCCCCCCGCCCUAACCCGGAUGAGCCCCAUUCCAGUUCGUAAAAGGGGAAAGAGUGUGCGUGGUGGUGUUUACUUGUGUGUAAGAGUGGCAGGCUGCUGUCCCCACCUUGUAUGUUGGGUAAAUAAUUCUAUCUUUGUGUGUAUUUCCUGCUGGUUUUUCAAAGAAGCGCAGCUCAGUGGGAGGUCUACUUGAAAACCUGCCAGGUGGCCAUUCAAGAGCAACUUGCCUUUGGAUCAUUCCCUUGCAGGGGUAAAGGGAGGGGAGGAAGAAGAAGAAGAGGAAGAAGAAGAAGAGGAGGAGGAGGAGUUUGGAUUUAUACCUCACCUUUC